AGAAAGCCUCCGGACCGGUUAUGCUUCGAUUUCACCUAAAAAAGGCAACAAUCCUGACAACAGCCGUGGCAGGUCUGCAGUAGAGAGGAUCGAGGCAGCAGCAGGCUGGAAAGUGAAAGCCCUCUAGAUCAAGCCAAGCAGAAAGAAGGAAGGAUGUUGCCAGUGUGACAGGGCAGAGGUCUUGAGCGACGUCUGCAGUUAUAUGUGCUGUUUGAUAAACAACCGGACCACCGCGACCACUUCUUCAUUCUCCGCGCGUCUUUGUCCGGUUUAAGUGACCGGCUGAACCACCCGCAGAGUGGCAUGUGGGUCAAUUCCGGAACCGUCGGAAGGGCCCUCUCCAUGGAUAUAGACACAGACUAUGAGCGGCCCAAUGUGGAAACCAUUAAGUGUGUGGUGGUAGGGGAUAACGCAGUGGGCAAGACCAGGCUGAUUUGUGCCCGGGCCUGCAAUGCAACCCUCACACAGUAUCAGCUGCUUGCCACCCACGUGCCAACCGUCUGGGCCAUCGACCAGUACCGUGUAUGCCAGGAGGUGUUAGAGAGAUCUCGUGAUGUGGUGGAUGAAGUCAGUGUUUCCCUGAGGCUAUGGGACACCUUUGGGGAUCAUCACAAAGACAGACGAUUUGCCUAUGGCAGGUCUGACGUAGUGGUGCUGUGUUUCUCUCUGGCUAACCCUAACUCCCUGCGCCAUGUUCGCACCAUGUGGUUCCCAGAGAUCAAGCACUUCUGUCCCCGAACGCCCAUCAUCCUGGUUGGCUGCCAGCUGGAUCUGCGCUACGCUGACCUGGAUGCUGUUAACCGCGCACGCCGACCCCUAGCCAAACCCAUCAAACCUACAGAUAUCCUUCCGCCAGAGAGAGGCCAUGAGGUGGCUAAAGAACUUGGCAUUCCCUACUAUGAGACCAGCAUUGUUGCCCAGUUCGGAGUCAAAGAUGUUUUUGACAAUGCCAUCCGAGCUGCCCUCAUCUCUCGUCGUCACCUGCAGUUCUGGAAGUCCCACCUGAAGAAGGUGCAGAGGCCACUUCUUCAGGCGCCCUUCCUGCCUCCCCGCCCCCCACGCCCCAUAGUGGGCAUCCCAGACCCUCCUCCCACAGAUGGCGAAGGCCCCGACUCCCUCUUCUGCCAGCCGCUGUGCGCCGAUGUGCUCUUCCUCCUCCAAGGCGGCGCCACACGUGUUUUUGCACACAAAGUCUACCUGGCCACUUCCUGCUCCAAGUUUUAUGACCUCUUCACCCUUGAUCUGAACAGCUCCUCUGUGGGCCCACGAGGGGAUGAACAGGAGGGCGAGGAGCACUCGGAGAGUGGGGAUGAAGAUGAGCAGAGCAGGAGAGGAGCCAAGGAGCAAGCUGGGCGGACUAAGAGCUUGGACAUCGAUAAAGACGGGGUAGAUGGAGGAGUGCGGGGACUAAACCGUCCCCCACUGCUCCAGCAGGGCUCCCUGAGGACUUCCCAGAGUGAUAAUGCCCUACCCUCUCGAGCUCAGUGCUCCCUGGGAGCCUUGGGGACUGGUCGUGCACUUUCAGGAUGGGGAAGAGGCUUCCUGAGUGUGUGUCUUGAGCAUGUUGAUGAUCCCAUGACCGGGCGGCCACGACUCAUGACUGUGGUGACCAUGGAUGCGCUUAUACAGGAGGAGCCAUUCCAGGCAGUACUUCAGUACUUGUAUACAGGCAGCCUGGAUGAAGGGCGAGGAGACCUGAUGCAGGUGGCCACCAUUGCUGAGCUGCUUGAGGUGUUUGACCUGCGGAUGAUGGUGGCUAAUGUCCUGAACAGAGAGAGCUUCAUGAACCAGGAGAUCACCAAGGCUUUUCAUGUCCGCAGAGCCAACCGCAUCAAGGAGUGCCUCAAUAAAGGGACCUUUGCUGAUGUGGUGUUCCGAUUGGACGACGGCUUCCUCCCGGCCCAUAAGCCCUUGCUCAUCUCCAGCUGUGACUGGAUGGCCGCCAUGUUCCGCGGCUCUUUUAUGGAGAGCUACAUCGAGGAGGUAUCCAUUCCUAACACCAGCAGUGCCUGUAUGCGUGGAGUGCUGGAAUUCCUGUACUGUGGCCUGCUGACGCCAUCUCCUGGUCUGGAGCCCAUGGAACUAAUUGUACUGGCAAACCGACUGUGUUUGCCACGCCUUGUCGCCCUCACAGAACAGCAUGCUGUGGAUGAGCUGCUCCAACUGGCAAUGAAAGGAACGGAUAUUGAUGGACAGGUGUUGGCGUACCUGGAGCUGGCACAGUUCCACAAUGCCAAGCAACUCUCGGCUUGGUGUCUCCACCACAUCUGCACUAAUUAUAAUAGCAUCUGCCGCAAGUUUCCGAAAGACAUGAAGGCCAUGUCUCCAGAGAACCAGAGGCACUUUGAGAAGCAGCGCUGGCCUCCUGUGUGGUUCCUGAAGGAGGAGGACCGCUACCUGCGCUCUCAGAAGGAGAGAGAGCGUGAGGAGGAGAUCCUGCGCAAACAGCACACCAAACGGGGCUGGUGUUUUUGGAGACACCCGUCCUCCUCGCCACAUGUCUCCUAAAUGUUCCCUCCAUUGCCCUUGGUUACUUCAUCCCGAGCCGGAUCAUCCCACCUAGGAUAACCCCCCUCCUCUGACACGUACAGAGGAGGCCGGCUUUUAAACCCUCUAUCGUUAGAGAAUUGACUAUCAGCGCUACUAUGCCUGAAUGUCAGUGUGUUUGGGGAUAUGUAUGUGCCUCUUUAUACUUGUGAGUGAAUUUGUGGUUGGGUGCAUUUUGACAUGCUCUUGUGUGACUGGCGUGGGCUCAAGCGAGUGGUAUGCUUGCAUAUGUGAGUCAGUGUAAAUGUGUGUGUGGUUUUCAUGAGUGAAUGAUAACCCCAGUUGAGUGCUUUGCUACUCCCCAGAUGCCCUGAUCUUUAAGGGCGGCUGGCAUCGCAGCGCAGCCGCUUGUCCCCUCCACAAGAGCUCCAUCCCGCCACCAAUACUCACAGUGUCCCAGCCUUUGAGUGACUGAACUGGGAGCAAGGGCUCUCUAUCUCUCUCAGUCUCCAUCCUUCACAUUGACCUUAAUGACUAUUACAUGUUGACCACUGCAACUCCUCAUGGGGAGGUUACCUCUGCCUUCAUUUCUACAGACUGUUAGCUUGCACAUGCAGAGCCGUGCCCAAAACCACCCCUCUAAAACCAGCGCUGCAUCACGGAGCUGACUCGGACAACCUAGUUAUUGUUAUUUUUAUAGUAUUUUACCUUUUUUGUUGUAUUUUUUCCCUAUGCCGUCUAGAAAACUCUCAUCAGGGGAAAUGGCACACAUUACUCCCAAGAGGUGUUGAGGACCUUGAUGAUUGCCAUCAUAGCGGCAGAGAUGGGACUGUUAAGGUAAAGCCCAGAUUUGGGCGUCCUCGUUCCAGUAAGGACAACCUUAAUCCCCUUAGUGAGUUAGGACGCUCCAGUCAGGAGGUUCGAGCACAGCCACCAGCCUCCAGUCUAGUCCUGAUGGUCCUCAGUGGCUGUCAUCCACCGCUGCACCCCCCGAAACCCCCCUCCCCCACCCCACCCUUAGCCACACAGCACCACACACGCAAAAACACAAACACAAGCUCUUCUUGCUGAGUUGGAUUCACCAAAUUCCACUUCAGAGGCACUUAAAGUGACCACUCUAUAGCAAUGAUGGGGGCGAAGAGGGCUAUCCUUACUUGAUACCACUGCCACGGAGGAACGAUGGAUGCGGUAUUGAACAAGUGUGUUCUUAACAUCCACGACCACUGGGUUGCGUUGAAGCGCCUCAGCCAGCCUGCCUUUACACCCCUAUACCACUAGGGGCAGCACUGCUCAGGGCCCCAGCACUAACCCUCACUACAGGAGCUAACAGGAGUUUUUAUGCCUGUGAUUUCUACGUGCUAGUUUCUUCAGUUUUAAGCUCAACAGUAGGACUCUAAUCAUCCUUGCAGAGUGUUUCAAGAAAGCAAAGCACAUGCACAGUGUUAAUAGUGCGUUUAAAAUUUGUACCUGCCUAUUCAUUUUUACCUGAAAACCAAAGCUGUGAUUUGUUUUUGUUAAAACUCCACUAUCCUCUGUUUAUUUCUGUUUCCCUGCUGCUUUGACUGGCAUGAGGAGACGUAGGAGAGGAGGUGGCUUGUAGGAGUAGGAGGCAGUGUAAUAUUUGUAUCCCUCCUCCUCGUGGUGUUUUCAGCCUGUGGUGUCAGGUGCAAAGUGUCACUGCUGGACAUUGCCUUCCAUUCCUCUUGCUGGAAUUGAAAAUGGUGCUGAACACACAAUAAGACAGUGUCCACAUGAACACACACACACACACACACACACACGCACACACACAAACACACACACAAUUUUAUGUUCGCAGAUUAAGUGUCUGUCCAGUUUAGUGUUAUACCUGAGUGUUCACAAGUUCACAUAGAAGGUGUUAUACCCAGUUUUGACACAUGAGCAUUUUUUCUUAAACCUUGUCAGGCUCUACUCAAAGAUUUUUAAUACAUUUAAUUCUCCAAAGGCUAACAGUGUCAUAGUGGGUAGGAUUCAAUUAAAACUUUGCGAAUUGGUCAUUGAGUUAAGAAUGUGUAGAAUUCUGAUUUUACAUAAUUAUAACCGUGAAAAUUAUUUUUCUGCUGUUGUAUUGGGAAAAAAAACAGUGUGAGCUCUUUAGUUUCCUUGUUAACCAGGAAAGUACUGUUACUGUACUUUGGAUUGAAAUCGAGAUUCUGGUCGUUGUUUCAGAUGACGGUGGGUUUGACAUGCGCAUGCGAUGGCAUACGACAGCGUUUCUCAUUUUCUCCUUAAGGGUGCUAAUUUCUUUGGGCUUUUGGAUUGAAUGUGAAAACAAGACUUUACGGUGAUGAGUUUCUAUUAGCACGUUGUUCUAUUUGUGGAUUUGCGCCCUUCAGCUUUACCCAUGGAAACUAGAGGAUUGUGUGAGACAUGUGGUGCGCUCUGGUUUUUUUCAUGGUAGCCGUUCAUCCGCUACCAAAAUAGAAGCCAGAUAGGAUCUCACGAGACCCAAGUGAGAAUUGAGCUGAAUCCUUUCUGGAAAGAGUGAGAGUGGAGUGAAAGUGAAAGAGUCACAGUCAGCAUUACAUUCAGCCUACAUAUUUUGAGUUUGCCUCACAGAUGCUUAAACCACCCCAACGCAGGGAUUUGGGAAUUCGGAAAUAAGAUUGAAGAGGAAGAUGUCGGGGAGAGUUUUUGAUGGACAUCCAUGGCCUCUUUUUAGUUCCCCAUAGGCAAGAUGACCAUUAGAUUUGUCUCACUAAUGCCUGGUAUGACCCAUUAAGCCUCUUCCCUCGGUCCGUGUGCCUUAAAGAUGCACAAACUUUCUCAGAACUAAAAGCUAGUUUUAGAUUUCAAAAGCAUUAAAUUAUGUUCAAACCUGCAGACGGGUUCUGCAAAGGUUACCAUGAUCAGUCAACAAUGGUCAUGAUAAUGAUAUAGCCGUCUGAUUGAUUCAGGUGAUGCUAUAUGUAGUCUCAGCCUUCAUCCUUAUGGAGGAGACUUCUGAGCCUUGAUUGGUAAUUAUUUGGAUGUAGAAAUCUGAGUCGCAUCUUGGUUGGAAAUGUCCUCUAACCAAGGGAUUCAGAGGUAGCCAUAAAUAAAAUACUGUACGCCUAGCAGGUAGAUUGCUAUAGAAUAAUUUUUAAAACCACUGAGUUGGAGGAAGCGAAAGCUUUUUUUUUUAAUGAGCACUAGCUGGCCUGUGUGCUGGGAGGGUGCAACCACUUGUGGAAUGUGGUUUAAUUUGGAAUGUGGUUCAUUUGCGUGGUGGCCUAACUUUAUCAUUAUAAUGACACUUUGUUCUCUCUUCGGUAUUGGAUAGCACUUUUUCUUUUCUUCUGUUGUCUAUGACUUCACCUUUCUGUGCUUGGCAUGAAUUGUUCCUUAUGUACAUAGGUUUUAAAACCUCAUGAUUGUAGCAUGAUGAUAUUCACUUAAGUCUUUCAGAUUUUCCCACAGUGCUGAAUUGAAGACAGAACAACUCAUGUUUAAUGUCUAGUUGGCAUUGAAAGUGCCGGUAGCUAUCUUUGUGCUACAUGUCUUUAUGCACUUCAUGGCUACAUGGACUUUAUGCAAUUCAGCUUUAUGUAAUUAGUCAUGUUAAUCAGCAGAGCUCACAGUAGCGUAAUAAAUAUCCAUGUGUAAGAUUUAAUACUGGGGGUACAUUGAACGUAUGUCUAUAUGAAACAAACAAAUUUAAAAAAAAAACAAAAAAACAAAGUUCAGAAGACCCCAUUCCCCUGUACAGUAUUACAGCUGUUCGGUUCAUGCUGUUACAAUGGCU